UGGCUCAACACCACCGAACUGAUCCUCAGUCAACCUCAGUCAAAACCACAUCUGUUCAGUUCCUCUCUGGACUUCUUGUGUCUCUGAGACAGCGGCUGUGCACUGGGUGAGAGGCACUGGACAUGGACACGGAGGAUGACCCCUUGUUACAGGACUCCUGGCUAGACGAGGAGGAUGAAGAGGUUGCCUUCAGCUCACGGAAGAGGCAGGAGGGUGCUCUGUUGUGUGGUAAAAGCCCGUGCAGAGCCAGGCCACUGCGUGUCACGCUGCCGGUGACUGGCUUCUGGAAUAUUGUUGGCUGGAUAUUCACCAACCCGUACUGCGCCGGCUUCAUCCUUUUCCUUGGCUGCGCCAUCCCCGCUGUGCUUGCUGUUGUCAUGUUCCUCCACUACCCAGCCCUGGACAUUGACAUCUCCUACAACGCCUUUGAGAUCCGUAACCACGAGUCCUCCCAGCGCUUCGAUGCGCUUGCCUUGGCCCUCAAGUCCCAGUUUGGGUCGUGGGGGAGGAACCGCCGGGACCUCGCUGACUUCACCUCCGAGACCCUGCAGAGGCUCAUCUUUGAGCAGCUCCAACAGCUCCACCUCAAUGCUUCCCACCUGGGGGGCGGUGCGCGGGCCAAGCGCAGCACCCCACAGGGCAGGACUAGCCCCCCCAAACCUCGUGCCCACCUCAACCCGGGAAACCAGACUUCCCGAGUGGAGAGGGGCGCCCCACGCUGGGACUACUCAAACACUUACGUUAGUGCCAACACACAGGCACAUGCGCACUGGCGCAUUGAGCUCAUUUUUCUGGCUCGGGGGGAUGCCGAGAACAACAUCUUCACCACCGAGCGCCUGGUUACCAUCCACGAGGUCGAACGCAAGAUCAUGGACCACCCUCGUUUCCGGGAGUUCUGCUGGAAGCCCCAUGAGGUCUUGAAGGACCUGCCUCUGGGCUCCUACUCCUACUGCUCCCCUCCCAGCUCCCUUAUGACCUACUUCUUCCCCACUGAGCGAGGAGGGAAGAUUUACUACGAUGGCAUGGGGCAAGACCUUGCAGACAUCCAAGGAUCCUUGGAGCUGGCCAUGACCCACCCCGAGUUCUACUGGUAUGUAGACGAGGGCUUGUCUGCUGAGAACAUGAAGAGCUCCCUGCUGCGGAGUGAGAUCCUCUUUGGGGCGCCGCUGCCGAACUACUACUCGGUGGAGGAUCGCUGGGAGGAGCAGCGCCGCAAGUUCCAGAGCUUUGUCGUCACCUACGUGGCCAUGCUGGCCAAGCAGUCCACGAGCAAAGUCCAGGUGCUGUAUGGAGGGACGGAUUUGUUUGACUACGAAGUAAGGAGGACUUUCAACAAUGACAUGCUGCUGGCCUUCAUCAGCAGUAGCUGCAUAGCAGUCCUGGUCUACAUCCUCACCUCCUGCUCAGUGUUCCUGUCAUUCUUUGGCAUUGCCAGCAUCGGGCUAAGCUGUCUGGUGGCUCUGUUCCUGUACCACGUGGUUUUUGGGAUCCAGUACCUGGGCAUACUUAAUGGUGUGGCUGCCUUCGUCAUCGUGGGGAUCGGGGUUGAUGAUGUCUUUGUUUUCAUCAACACCUACCGCCAAGCCACCCACCUAAAGGACGUGCAGCUGCGCAUGAUCCACACCAUCCAGACAGCGGGGAAGGCCACCUUCUUCACUUCCCUGACCACAGCUGCAGCAUAUGCUGCCAACAUCUUCUCUCAGAUACCAGCUGUGCAUGAUUUUGGACUUUUCAUGUCACUGAUUGUGUCCUGCUGCUGGGUAGCUGUGCUAUUCACCAUGCCAGCUGCUCUUGGAAUAUGGACCCUUUAUGUGUCCCCACUAGAGAGCUCCUGUCAAACCAGCUGCAGUCAGAAGUGCACCAAAAAGAGUGCUUUGCACCUGGCCGAAGAUCUCUUCAUUGCCUCCGAGGCCACCUCCAGAGCAGGCCGAGAGACGCUUCCCUAUCUCGAUGAUGACAUCCCACUGCUCAGCGUGGAGGAGGAGCCUGUCUCCCUGGAAAUGGGGGAUGUUCCCUUGGUAUCUGUGAUGCCAGAAAAUCUGCAGCUCACUGUGGAGAAGAGCAGCCGAGGUCACUUGAUAGCCCAUCUGCAGGAGCUGCUGGAGCACUGGGUGCUGUGGUCUGCAGUAAAGAGCAGAUGGGUGAUUGUGGGGCUCUUUCUCGUUGUUUUGCUCCUAUCCAUAUUCUUUGCCAGCCGCCUCCAUCCAGCAAGCCGUGCUCCAGUCUUGUUCCGGCCAGACACAAACAUCCAGGUGCUGCUAGACCUGAAAUACAACCUGAGUGCUGAAGGCAUCUCCUGCAUUACCUGCUCAGGUUUGUUUCAGGAAAAGCCCCACAGUUUGCAGAACAACAUCCGAACUUCCUUGGAAAAAAAGAAGAGAGGCUCAGGGUCACCUUGGGGAAGCAAAGGGAGCAUAACCCUCAAGCCCCCUCUGUUUGCUCCAGAUCUGCAGGGGACUGUGUAUAUCUCCAAGUCCAGAAGCAAGGGAAGGCCAGCCAUCUACAGAUUCUCUCUCAACGCCAGUGUCCCUGCCCCCUGGCAGAUGGUGUCACCGGGAGACGGGGAGGUGCCUUCAUUUCAGGUGUAUAGAGUGCCUUUCGGUAACUUCACCAGGAAGCUGACAGCUUGUGUGUCCACAGUAGGGCUGCUUAAGCAGACGAGCCCCAGGAAGUGGAUGAUGACCACCUUGUCCUGUGAUACCAAGAGAGGCUGGAAGUUCGACUUCAGUUUCUAUGUGGCCGCCAAGGAGCAGCAGCGAACGCGGAAACUGUAUUUCGCCCAGUCGCACAAGCCCCCCUACCAUGGCCGAGUGUGUGUGGCACCUCCUGGCUGUCUUCUCAGCUCUAGCCCAGACGGACCCACCAAAGGCAUCCUUUAUGUUCCCAGUGAGAAAGCACCCAAAGCAAAGCUGUCAGCGACUUCUGGAUUUAAUCCUUGCAUGAACACAGGCUGCGGGAAGCCAGCAGUGCGGCCGCUGGUGGACACAGGAGCCAUGGUGUUUGUGGUCUUUGGUAUCCGAGGGAUUAAUCGCACGGGACGUUCAGACAACCACGUCAUUGGAGACAUGGGCAGCGUUAUCUAUGAUGACAGCUUCGACCUCUUCAAAGAGAUUGGCAACCUGUGCCGCCUCUGCAAAGCCAUCGCCAGCAACACCGAGCUGGUGAAGCCAGGAGGGGCGCAGUGCCUGCCCUCCGGUUAUAGCAUCUCCUCCUUUCUGCAGAUGUUGCACCCUGAGUGCAAGAACAUCCCUGAGCCGAACCUGCUGCCUGGACAGCUCUCUCACGGGGCAGUGGGAGUGAAGGAUGGGAAGGUGCAGUGGAUCUCCAUGGCGUUUGAAUCGACAACCUACAAAGGGAAAUCUUCCUUCCAGACAUAUGCUGACUAUCUGAAAUGGGAGACAUUUCUGCAGCAGCAACUCCAGCUUUUCCCAGAGGGCUCUGCUCUCCGACAUGGUUUCCAGACCUGUGAGCACUGGAAGCAGAUCUUCAUGGAGAUUAUAGGAGUGCAGAGUGCCCUGUACGGUCUCAUCCUCUCGCUGGUUAUUUGUGUGGCUGCAGUGGCAGUGUUCACCACUCACAUCCUCCUCCUGCUGCCAGUGCUGCUCAGCAUUUUAGGGGUGGUCUGCUUGGUGGUGACCAUCAUGUACUGGUCUGGCUGGGAAAUGGGGGCUGUGGAAGCCAUUUCUCUCUCCAUCCUCGUUGGCUCCUCUGUUGAUUACUGCGUGCACUUGGUGGAGGGCUACCUGCUGGCAGGGGAAAACCUGCCACUGCACCACACAGAGGACCCCACAGCGUGCCGCCAGUGGAGGACGAUUGAAGCAGUCCGUCACGUGGGAGUGGCGAUCGUCUCCAGCGCCGUCACCACAGGGAUUGCCACCGUCCCCCUCUUCUUCUGCAUCAUCGCCCCUUUCGCCAAGUUUGGGAAGAUUGUGGCCCUCAACACAGGAGUCUCCAUCCUGUACACGCUAACUGUGAGCACAGCCCUGCUGAGCAUCAUGGGGCCCGGCACCUUCACCCGGAGCAGGACUUCCUGCCUCAAGGCUGUGGCAGGAGUGCUCCUUGCCGGCCUGCUGGGUCUAUGCAUCUGCCUUGCCCUGCUGAAGAGCGGGUUUAACAUCCCCCUCCCUAACGGGACAGCCCUGUAG